AUGGCGCAGGAUGGCGAACCGCCAAAGUCUGUUGACAAGGGCAAGGGAAAGGCCGUAGAAGGUGAACCCAGCAAAACCGAGGAGGUCAAGAAGGACAAAGAUGGGAAACCUAUUGUUAAUGGGAAAAAGGAAGAUGGGGCUGUUGGAGCGACAGAGGAGCUCAGUGAGGAGGACCAGCAGCUGAAGAGCGAGCUGGAUAUGCUAGUGGAGCGUCUGACGGAGUCGGAUUCAACACUUUAUAAAUCAGCUCUGGAGGCAAUCAAAGAGUCCAUCAAAACAUCAACAUCCUCGAUGACCGCCGUACCCAAACCCCUCAAAUUCCUCCGACCACAUUACGAGCCUAUGAUUGAACUCUACGAGAAGUGGCCUGCUGGGGAUGAUAAGACAUCACUGGCAGACGUACUGUCAGUGAUUGGCAUGACAUUCUCAGACGAAGACCGACAAGAUACCCUCAAAUUCCGAUUGCUUGCUCCCACAUCAGAUAUUGCCUCAUGGGGUCACGAAUACACGCGGCAUCUUGCUCUGGAACUUGGAGAGGUCUAUACCAAGCGAUUAACAGCAGAUGAGCCUUACCAAGAUCUCAUUGACCUUACCCUAGUUCUAGUACCCCUCUUCCUGAAGAGCAAUGCCGAAGCAGAUGCUGUGGAUUUGAUGAGUGAAAUGGAGAUCAUCACAGACAUCCCAAAAUUCCUCGACAAAGAUACAUACCCGCGAGUCUGCCUUUACAUGGUUAGCAUGGUGAACCUUUUGACAUACCCUGAAGACCAGCAAUUCCUCCGAACCGCACAUGAUAUCUAUAAGCGCUACGACCAGCUUACCCAAGCUAUCGUUCUGGCCAUUCGCUUAAACGAUAUCGAACUCAUUCAAGCUGAUUUCAACUCCACGAAAGAUGUUGCUCUCAAAAAGCAGAUGGCUUUUCUUAUUGCCAGGCAACAAAUUGUCCUGGAUUUCGACCCUGAGACGGAGGAAGAACAAGAGAUUGCCGAGUGCUUGAACAACACCAAGCUUCCGGAGCAUUUCAAGGCGUUGGGCAAGGAGCUGAAUAUUCUGGACCCGAAGACAACGGAGGACAUUUACAAGAGUCAUCUGGAGAGCAACCGAGUGGCUGGUCUCACAAAUCUCGAUUCUGCACGGCACAAUCUGGCUGCCGCUUUCGUAAAUGCUUUUGUGAAUGCUGGUUUUGGGAAUGACAAGAUGAUGAUGGUUGACGAAGACAAAUCUAGCUGGGUAUGGAAGACGAAAGAAGAGGGCAUGACCUCCACAGUCGCAUCUCUGGGAACGCUAUUGCUCUGGGAUGUUGAAGGUGGCCUCGACAAAAUCGACAAAUACACAUAUGCUCAAGAGGAUCAGAUUCAAGCCGGUGCCCAAUUAGCCAUUGGCAUCAUGAACUCCGGUGUCCGAAUUGACUCUGAUCCAGCCAAGGCCCUUCUUGGUGAUGAGGACAAGCUGAACCACAAGAGUCCGCAGAUCCGAGUUGCUUCAAUUAUGGGUCUAGGUCUUGCCUACGCUGGUUCAAAUAGAGAAGAUAUUCUGGAGUUGCUCUUGCCAAUAGUUGGAGAUACAUCAAUCGAUAUGCAAAUAUCGGCAAUGGCUACGCUUUCUCUCGGAAUGAUCUUUAUUGGAUCCGGGAACAGCGAUGUCAUUGAGGCAAUCAUCCAAACUUUCCUUGAUGAUGAGCGGAAAUCUCAAUUACAGGACAAGUGGACACGAUUCAUGGCUCUUGGUCUUGGUCUAUUGUACUUUGGACGCCAUGAAGAAGUCGAUGUCAUCUUGGAGACCCUUAAGGCUAUUGACCACCCCAUGUCGAAGCCAACUUCAGUCCUUGCCGAGAUUUGCGCCUGGGCAGGCACUGGUACUGUUUUGAAGAUGCAAGAGCUCCUCCACAUCUGUAACGACCAUAUUGAAGAGACGGAUGACAAGAAGGGUGAUGAAUUGCUUCAAGCUUAUGCCGUUAUUGGCCUGGGUCUUGUUGCAAUGGGCGAAGAUGUUGGGCAGGAGAUGGUUCUCCGACAAUUUGGCCACCUCAUGCACUAUGGUGAGGCCAAUAUUCGGAGAGCAGUUCCCCUGGCAAUGGGUCUUCUCAGCCCUAGCAACCCUCAAAUGAAGGUCUACGACACAUUAUCGAGGUACUCCCACGACAAUGACAACGACGUCGCCAUCAACGCCAUCUUCGCUAUGGGUCUUCUCGGUGCUGGAACCAACAACGCCAGACUGGCCCAACUCCUCAGGCAGCUGGCCAGCUAUUACCACCGGGAUCAAGAAUCCUUGUUCAUGGUCCGAAUUGCCCAAGGUCUCCUCCAUAUGGGCAAGGGCACUCUCUCCAUAUCACCCUUCCACACCGACCGCCAAGUUCUCUCAAGAGUUUCCGCCGGCGGUCUCCUCUCUGUCUUAGUCGCCAUGAUCGACGCCAAACAAUUUGUCACCGACAAAUCACACUACCUCCUCUACUACCUCGUCACAGCCAUGCAUCCCCGAUUCCUGGUCACCCUCGACGAAGACCUAAAGCCUUUGACCGUCAAUGUACGGGUAGGACAAGCCGUUGAUGUUGUAGGACAGGCUGGACGACCAAAAACGAUUACAGGAUGGCAGACGCAGAGCACACCGGUUCUUUUGGCGUAUGGUGAGCGUGCAGAGUUGGAGGAUGAGCAGUAUAUUCCCUUGACUAAUACUCUUGAGGGUUUGGUCAUUUUGAGAAAGAACCCAGAAUGGGAUGAUGGGAAGAGCUAA